AUGCCUCCCUCCAAGGUAGACACGGAGUCUCCUCCGGCGGAGGACCUCCAUACCGGCACUCGCACGUCGGGGAGCGAUGGCCCUCCAGACAAGGCCGCGCGAACCUCCACCGCCGCUCUCCUCCGGAACCCCUUGGUGGGGUUGAGUCACGACGAGCUCAUCAAAGAUGUCGACACAUUCACCGACAAGUACGGCUUAACCGAAUACAAGGAAGAAUUCCGAAAGGGCGCUCUGGUUGCCCAGGCCAGCAAUCGGCCUGACGGCUUCGAGACUAUCACGGCUCUCAACGAGGAAGAGAAGGCAAUGCUCCGGAGAGAGGUCAACCACCGCUGGGAUCAGCCAUUCAUGCUGUACUUCCUCUGCUCCCUGUGCGCCGGGUCGGCCAUUGUGCAGGGGAUGGACCAGACGGCAGUAAACGGAGCCCAAGAGUUCUAUUACACGACAUUCGACAUUACAGACCCAUUGAUGCAGGGGCUGAUCAACGGCGCCCCAUACCUUUGCAGUGCUCUCUUCGGGUGUUGGACGAGUCCUUAUCUCAACAAAUGGACUGGCCGGCGCGGAACUAUUUUCAUCUCAUGCUUCUUUUCCGUCGUGACGGGAUUCUGGAUGGCUGCCGCCGACACAUGGUACAAUCUCUUCAUCGCUCGCCUCGGCCUUGGUCUUGCCGUUGGCGCAAAAAGCAGCACAACCCCUGUGUACAGCGCUGAAAGUACACCGAAAACUAUUCGCGGGGCGUUGACCAUGAUGUGGCAGAUGUGGACAGCUUUCGGAAUUGCCCUGGGAUUGAUCGUCUCAGUCGCGUUCCGACAUACCGACUUCCUCGGAGAAGAUACCCAGUGGCGCUGGAUGCUUGGAAGCACAUCUCUUCCCCCAUUGCUUGUAAUGUGCCAGGUCUACUUCUGCCCCGAGAGCCCGCGCUGGUACAUGGAGAAGGGCAAGUACGACAAGGCCUUCAGGUCGGUACGCCGGUUGCGCAAGCACGUCAUCCAGGCAACCCGAGACAUGUACUAUGCGCACAAGCUCCUCGAAGUUGAGACCCAGGCCCGUAGCGGCCGCACCUGGAAGGAGUUCUUCACCGUCCGGAGAAACAGACGCGCUGCGACCUUUUCCUACUUUGUCAUGUUUAUGCAACAGUUCUGUGGAAUCAAUGUUGUCAUGUACUACAGCACGGCCAUCUUCCAGGAUGGAGGCUUCACCAGGUCUGAGGCGUUGCUCACCAGCAUGGGCAUGGGCCUCAUCAACUGGCUCUUCGCCCUUCCAGCAUUCUAUACCAUCGACACAUUCGGAAGAAGAAACCUCCUGCUGGUCACCUUCCCCUUAAUGUCCCUCUCCCUCAUCUUCACCGGCUUCAGCUUCUACAUCCCCGAAGGAACCGCGAAGCUCGCCUGCAUCGCCACCGGAAUCUACAUCUUCGCCGCCGUGUACUCCCCCGGAGCCGGGCCGGUCCCGUUCACGUACUGCGCCGAGGCCUUCCCGCUGCACAUCCGCGACAUCGGCAUGAGCAGCGCCACGGCCGUGACCUGGGGCUUCAACUUCAUCAUCAGCUUCUCCUGGCCGUCCAUGUCCAAGGCCUUCACCCCGACGGGCGCGUUCCUGUGGUACGCCUGCUGGAACCUCUUUGGUUUUGUCGUGGCGUACUUCUUCCUCCCCGAGACGAAGAACCUGACGCUGGAGGAGCUCGACAGCGUCUUCUCGGUGCGCAACAGGGACCAUGCAAAGUACUACACUUCCAAGAUGCCUUGGUACGUGAACAAGUACUUGUUACGACGUGAUGUGUCUCCUUUCCCCGCGCUUUACGAGGUUGAUGAUCAUCACGAGCACCAUGACGUGCAACCGAAGGCCACUGUUCAGCACAGCGAGAGUGGCUUGAUCUCGGGAACCAACGGCGAGAAGUGA